CAUUAAGAGGAUUAAAGUGAUCAGACCUGGAGGAGGAUGCUAUAAAACUGGACUCUGGACGUUCAUUUUGGAUUUAGCAGCCAAAGUUUCACGUUAUUCUAAUACCGGGUACUCUGAUAUAUAUAUAUAUGUAUAUAUGUAUAUAUACAUAUAUAUAUUUAUUUAUUCAUAUAUUCAUCAUUCAAGUAUUUCCUCAGGAACAUAGAGACAUCCUCUCCUUGGAUUUGGAGGAAAUCUGAGAAAGUUUUUGGGGAAACGUUUUUUUCAAAGCGAGCAGAAGUUAAGUGUUUUCCAGAUGUCUCUGCUGAUGCAGACAGCGGCUGAUUAACGAAACACAUUCACACCAAACGAUACAAAAGUAGCGCUUUUCUUUAUUUCUUGCAUCUCUGUGGAUUAACGGGAUUUUUAUUAAACGCUUUAUGCUGGAAAUAACGACUCGUCGACGGUUCCUGGAUAUGUUCGGACACAAAAUAAAGGAGCCGAUUUAAUUAAUAAGAGUCGGAGGAUAUCAUGAAAAUGUUAUUUGGGUGAAGUCGUCGGAAAACUCUUGCAAGUGAAGCCCCAAUGAGCGGCACACAGUCCACGCUCACUGACAGGACCCCGAGCAUUCUCAACAAGGAGCCCACAGACAAGAAACCCAAGAAUGAGAAAUCCUCUGUCUCGCUCAAACAUGAGUUUGACCCGACAGGUCUUGUGCAGCGCUGUGUGAUAAUCCAGAGAGAUGAAAAUGGCUUUGGGUUGACUGUAAGUGGAGACAACCCAGUGUUUGUGCAGCUGGUAAAGGAAGAUGGAGCUGCAAUGCGAGCCGGUGUUCAGACCGGAGACAGGAUCAUUAAGGUUAACGGGACCUUGGUCACACAUUCAAACCACUUAGAGGUUGUGAAGCUGAUAAAAUCGGGUUCCUAUGUAGCGCUGACGGUGCUGGGGAGGCCUCCGGGGCUUCCUUACAUGCCCCUGGAGGAGGACGACGAGGAGGAAGAGAAGGAGGAAGGAGCAGAGGUCCGCCCACCUUCUUCUCUCUCAACGCCCCACUCACCUGCACUGCACAGCCUCCAGGAGCACAUCACCUCCUCUCCACCUGAUGGGGACGAGAACAAAACCACGCACUGCCAGACGGCCGACAUCCUGCAAAAGAUGCUAACCAAGGAGCAACAGGAGCUCCAGACAAAGGAGGAGGAGUGCAACAGAAACCCUCGGCCCAAACUACUGAAGGAGGUGCAGGAGGCCAAGAAGCACAUUUCACUGCUGCAGGAGCAGCUCAGCAAAGCAGCAGCAGCAUCACAGGACGAAGCGUCCAGGAAUGGUGAAGCUGAGGACGGGGACGUCGGCCCUCUUCAGAGGGAACAGACCGCGUCCUCACAGGGCGACGGCAGUAACGACGGGCCCUCGACCAACAACAACUCUAUGCACAGCAGCCCCCUCACAGAGGGUCCUGGCAAAAGAGAGACGCCCUGUCAAAGCCCGGACGUCAGCCGGCGGGACGGCCUCAACUUCUGCCCAUCGCCCGACUCUGAGGACCCCACUGAUGCUGACUCCAGUGCCCAGUGCAUUGUGGGUAGCCCUCCCUACCUCCUCAACCUCCAGAUCAUCGGAGCAGAAGACGACUACUUUGACUCUCAGCAAGAACAGAUUAAUGGACUGUGCAGCUGUUUCCAGAGUAUAGACGUGCUGAAGUCUCGGCCGGCUCACCUCGCAGCCUUCCUCCAUCAUGUUGUCUCGCAGUUUGACCCGGCACCUUUGCUCUGUUAUCUCUACGCUGACGUGCACAAGCAAACCAGCUCCAAAGAAAGUCGACGCUUCUUCAUAGAGUUCCACUCGCUCUUUAUGGAUCGAACAGCUAAUCUUAAAGUACCAGUGCCAGAGGCAGUGUCAGCUGAAUUGGAGAAGCGGAGGCUGGAGUUGAUCCCAGAGGAGCUCUGUAAACAGUACACCCAGAUGUUACAGGACACACUGCUACCACACCUGCACAGGAACCUGGAGGACUUCAGACAGAAGCGCAGCAUGGGUCUGACUCUGGCCGAAGACGAGCUGUCCAAGCUGGACUCGGAGGGAGGAAAAGACCCCCAGGGCCUGGAGAAGGAAUGCUCCUGUGCUGAACACAUCCUCUCCAAGAUCGAUGAUAUCCUGGUCACGUCACAUCCCGGAGAAGAGGAGAAGUGCCAAACAAUGCAGUAUGUGAUUCUCACCUAUAUGAAGCACCUCGGGGUGAAAAUGAAGGAGCCUCGAGGCCUCGAGCACAAACGAGCGCGCAUCAAUUUCCUGCCCAAGAUUAAGAAGAGUAUCAAGCCUGAGAAGGACGGAGAGGAGAAGGUGAGAAAGCCUCGGUUUCCCAACAUCCUCGGCCCGCCUCGGCGUCUGAGCAGAGUGGACUCCACUUCAGUCGGGAAAGCCGUGGAGCUGAACAAGCAGCGUUCACCGAAGCAGCUCUCUCAUCCAGUCGUCGGCAUCCCCGAGCAGCCCGACUCCUCUGCCUCGAGUUCGGGACGGCUCCGUGGGAACCAGCUCAGCGAGGGAUCGGACGGCGGCACACAGUCUUUGCCUUCCACCGGCAGCAGCAGCACCUCCCCCACACACAGCUCGCCCACCGGUCAGGCCUCAGAUACCAGCGGGCAAGACUCAGACUCUAAUGUGUCUCCGUUCUGCGUCCAGCCCAGACUGGGUGAGGGUCUGCAGCCUGGAGACCACCAGGACGCCGUCUCCAGUCCGACCAGCACUCAGUUUGACUUCAGCCCCACCAACCUGGAGCAGCUACAGGAGGAAGAUCAGGAGGCUUUCAGCAGGAUGGAGCUGCAGUGUCCGGUGAGUUCGGCCGACGUCCAGAGUGAAGACGACCAGGCGGGUGAGAUGGAGUGUGAAGAAAACCCUGUGAACUGGCAGAGUCUGGUCAGUCGAGGCGUCCUGGCGAGCUUAACGCCGCAAGAGAUCAAACGGCAGGAAGUCAUCAACGAGCUGUUCUACACGGAGCGGGCUCACCUGCGGAUGCUGAAGGUGUUGGACUGUGUUUUCUACCAGCGGCUGAACAGAGACGGCGUCCUCCCCCCCGAGGACCUCAAGCACAUCUUCAGUAACCUGGAGGAGAUCAUCCAGCUGCAUGUUUCUGUGACGGAGCAAAUGACAGCAAUCAGGAAGAGGAGCGAGACGUCUGUCAUCGGUCAGAUCGCAGAUGAUCUGCUGUCAUGGUUCAGCGGGGAGGAAGAGGAGAAGAUAAAACGAGCAGUGGGAACUUUCUGCAGCAACCAGCCGUCUGCACUGGAGCUCAUCAAGAGCCGGCAGAAGAAAGACCAGCGGUUCACCUUAUUCAUGCAGGAGGCUGAGAGCAACCGUCUGUGUCGCAGGCUGCAGCUUAAAGACAUCAUUCCUGUAGAAAUGCAGAGAGUCACCAAGUACCCGCUCCUACUGGACAACAUCGCUAAGUACACAGGAGAUGCUGAGGAGAGGCUGAAGGUGAAGAAAGCUGCCGAAUGUUGCAAAAAGAUCCUCAACAACGUCAACCAGGCUGUCAAAGAGGCCGAGAACAAACAGAGGCUCGAGGACUAUCAGAGAAGAUUAGACCUCUCGUCUCUCAAACAGAAUGAAAACCCCAUGAUCCUGGAGCUGAGGAAUCUGGACCUGACCAAGAGGAAGAUGGUGCAUGAGGGACCUCUGUCCUGGAAAGUUAAUAAAGACAAGACAAUUGAGCUGUACACAAUCCUCCUGGAGGACAUCCUGGUUCUACUGCAGAAACAGGACGAGCGCCUCGUCCUCAAGUUUCACGGCAAGAAUCCGGCCACCGCCGCCGACACCAAACACAUCUUCAGCCCCGUCAUCAAGCUCAACACGGUCCUGGUCCGUCCGGUUGCGACUGACAACAAGUCUUUCUUCGUGCUGUCCAUGUCAGAGAACGGGGCUCAGAUCUACGAGCUGAUGGCUCAGACGGUGUCCGAUCAGAGAGCGUGGCAGCGUCUGAUCACACAGUGUGCUGACGCCGUGAAGGCCAAACCUCACGACAGAGACGGCACACCUCCAGCUCAGUCCCAAGCUGAGCGCGACGCUUUUGAGAUCAUCAAACGUGGGAUGCCUAAAGCGAGCAAAGAUCCUAACGGCACAACAGGUGGAAGCAUCCAUUCUUCAGCCGCCUCUUCUCCAGACAUUCGAGCGCCACCGGGUCUGAACCCGUUCGACGUCAUGAAAUCAGAAGAGGACGAGGAAGAGGAGCUGGUCGCGGCAGACAGACGGGAGGACGGGGAGGACGAUGAAGAAGAGGUGGACGAAGCAGAGCUAGAGGCCUUCCUGGACGGGCAGCUGGCAGACGGACUGCCGUUCCUGCAGGAAGUGUCACGUCCGGGCAUCGCCGAUGAAAACCAAGAGCACGACGCAUUCGGCACAGCCUCCUCUAAAGGCGAAGAGGCUCUCAGGACAUUGGCGAUGCUGAAGCAGGCUCUUUUCAGCCACAUGAUAAGCAGAGAGGCAGAGGAGGAGAAAGAGGAGAUUGUGGCCCCCAGGUGUCAGCUGCCCGGGAGCCCCGAGGGGCCCUCUGAGAGCCGAGCGUCUGCUAGUACACAGAAAGACGACCCUCAGCUCCCUGCAGGACUCACAGAGCUGUCUGAGACGCCUGAAGGCAACGGUGGUUUCGUGGUUCUGGAUUUCAGCGGUGGCUCCGAGGAGAGCAGCGACGAUGGGGGAGUCGGAGGCGACGUGGGGAUCGACAUGAGGAAACUGCUAUCCUCCUCCUCGCAGGCAGGGGGCGACGGCCCCAACCUCAGCCGGCAGCUUAUGACCCACCUGCGCCUCCUACAGGCCGACCUGCAGUAUCUGAAGGAAGUGGAGAUGAAGUACAACGAGCUGCGACAGACGCACAGUGACACAGCUACUGACUCCGAUGACAACAAUGAUGGGAUUCAGUGACGACAGACUUCCUUCUCUCUCGAAUUUCGUGCCACACGAUCACUUUCUUCCGGACGAAAUCUUUGACGAUUUAACGCUGAUGUCGCCCCAAAAAUGGAGAACUUCAGGAAUGUGUCAAUGGAAGAAGUUAUCAUCAUUAUUAGGAAUGUUUCACUAUAAAGAGGAGAGACUCUUUUUUUAUAUUAUAUAUUAUUAAUCAACUGCAUAAAUUAUCUUAAAACACUGGAGAUAUGAAAUGAAAAGAAGCAUGUGUGAAGUCACACGUAUGAACAGCACAGAUUAAGAGACAUUAAAAGAGACGUGAAUGAUUCUCUGAGGAUCUCGUUCAGGACUCACUGCUGUAAGCUUGAUGUAAACGUCUGCAAUGAGACACAAGGAGACAACCUCCACUGUACAUAUUCAGUCCAACACGCCACAUAGAUGAACGUGCUUAAAUAUAGAUUUACUUAUAUUGUGAAAGCCUUGAAGAGCAACCGUUUAAUGCCAAAAUGCCCUCUCACUACACUGAUUAUGUUUUUAAAUUCUGCAACAUUCACUCCAUCCCCAAAUGUCUGUGGAAGUCUUUAUCCUAGCUUAGCAUAAAACUGGAGCUGGCCUAUGUGGAAAAAGAACAACAACAACCUACCACCUCUAAAGUUCAGUGAUUAACAUGUCGUAUCAUGUUUGUUUAACCCGAACACAAACUGAAGUGUGAAAAUUACUUUUAAGGGGAUUUGAUAGCUGGUAAUAGCUGUUUUUUUAUUUAUUUUUUGACCAACAAUGACUUUCAAGAAUCUUGAAGUUGCCAAGUUUGGUGCAGAAACUUUUGCUCACGGAUCGUGUAUGGAAACCCGUACUAUUGUUCAAGCAUGUAACUGGGUUGUAUGUUUCUGUACAUGUUAUUCUCAAUCGAGAGCUUUAGAGUUGUUUGUCGGUGUAACUUUAACAGGCUAGCUGUUUCCCUCUACUUCCAGUCUUUGUGCUAAGCUAAGCGACCCCUGAUUAUACCAUUUAAAAAUAGUUAUGAGAGGCUUGUGCUUAUAAAAUCUCAUUUAUUGUCCAUGUUGAUACACUGAACAUCAUUUAUUUGGGGACUGGUCACAAAUCCUUUUUGUUUGUUUACUGGUUGUCCUCUUGGUUUGAAUGCCUGAACAAAGAGCAUCAAACGCUGGUUGAUUCCCAGAUUUUAAAUGAAUGUAGCGUAACAUAGCAAACAUAGAUCCAGAUCACUGCCUGUUCAUAACGAGCUGUAAACAAACCAGAAACAGAAACUCCUCGACAUGUCUGCGUUUUAAAUAAUCCACGUUGUUUGGCUCCAUGCAGAUCGAGAGCAGAAAGAAAGUAUUUACUACUUUAUUUCCUGUCUGUUUUAUCAUGAAUGCAGAUAGAAAACACACUGUAAUCUUCAGCAAAAUUUUGCUGAAGUCCUCAAUUGGUAGAACUGCAGCUAUAAACAACAAUUACUGUGUCACUGUUGGUGUUUUUCCUGGAGCACAUGUAAUAGAUACUGAAAGACCCUCAGUCUGUGCACAUGUGAAUUUAUUGGAUUGAACUAUAUUGUAGAAUUUAUUCUUAGUUCGUCUCCAAGACUUUUUCUUUUGAUUGUCAUCAAACACUAAAAACUGCUUUAAUUUUGAUUCCCCUGAAAUAUUUUGAGGAGGCUUUUCUGUAAACACACUCUUCAGCCUGUUAUCCUCUUUUAGGUACAAAGAUUCACCCGUCAAACCUCUGCACUUCACUUUAAUGGUUGGACCGAAAAGACUCAAAUAUUCACUGGCCACCAGACGGCACGGACGACAUUACGGUUUUCAUUUUUGGUCGAAAAACAUGAAUAAGAAAAAUAAAAAACCCUAAAAAGAAUAUAUAGACAAAAAUAUAUUGUUAUGGGCUGUUUUCCAUGUAAAGGAAUAUAAUGUACAAUUCUGAAUAUCAA